AAGUAUGAAGAAAACAAUCUCAGCCCCUCUAUUUUUUGUUGUGCUAUUUCCUCUAAUGGCAGGGUAUAAUUUUUCGUGCAAAACCCAGACACCGAAACCCCUGUGUAGUCUGUGAGUUCAAAGUACUAAACUAGAAAGAAGAGAGAGAGAGAGAGAGAGAGAGAGUUGAGCUUGGUUGUCCCAUCCUCACAAUACAAAGGUGUAAGGUAGGUGUGGUGUGGUAUCAUAUAUGGUGAGUGAUACAUUAUGCGAGCAAUCAGGUUUCGCGAACCGCCGACCGAUUCUUGGGGAUUGAGGGACAUCUUCAGAGUUGGCUUCUCCACCGCCAUCCGACGAGCUGUUGUCAUCGGAAACGGCGUCGCCGGAGCGGAGAAUCAGUGCACUGGUUUGGUUCGAGCUCUGGGUCUCUCUCACCGCCAAACCAUUUACCGCGUAACUAGGCCAAGAGGAGGAAUCAAUAAGUGGCUUCAGUGGUUGCCUGUUUCUGUUCACAAAAAGUUAGACUAUGCCAUAAAGAGAAUUUGUGGUGAUUCACAAUUCCAAACUACCAAAGCAAAUAAAGUGAUGUCUCUUCCCGCUGAAAAAAAUGGUAGUGCAGGUAGUGCUGGUCUAUCACUUGUUUUAGAAGCUGAUGCAAAGCAAAUUGCAACAAUGGCUCAUGAAACAUUUAAGAAGGAUGGUCCAUUAUUGGUGGUUGCAUCAUGCUGGGAUGCUAUCUCUGUUGCAAGUUGCAUAAAACGGUUAGCUCCGGAAAAAAUCUUUGUUGUUCAGAUACAGCAUCCCAGAUCACAGCUAAAUCAGUUCAAUCUGGUGAUUACUCCUCGCCAUGAUUAUUACCCAUUAACUCCUGAAGGACAGGAACAGAUCCCAUGGUUUCUUCGGAGGUGGAUAACUCCUCGUGAACCUCCUGACAGACAUGUGGUCCUCACUGUGGGAGCUCUUCAUCAGGCUGACUCUACCGCUUUACAGGUUGCUGCUUGUGCCUGGCAUGAUGAGUUGGCUCCUUUGCUGAAACCCUUGCUCGUGGUUAACAUUGGAGGGCCUACAAAACAUUGUCAAUAUGGUGCAGACCUUGCAAAACAGUUGACAGCAUCCCUGAAGAAUGUUCGUUGGAGUUUUGGAAGCCUCAGAAUAUCUUUCUCGAGAAGAACUCCACAGGAGGUAUCUGAUAUCUUAGAGAAGGAAUUUUAUCAUCCUAAAGUUUACAUUUGGGAUGGCAAAGAUCCAAAUCCUCACAUGGGGCAUCUCGCUUGGGCCGAUGCUUUCAUAAUCACAGCUGAUUCAGUUAGUAUGUUGAGUGAGGCUUGCAGUACUGGAAAGCCUGUUUAUGUUAUUGGAGCAGAGCGAUGUACAUGGAAGUUUGCGGAGUUCCACAAAUCUCUGCAGGAACGAGGAGUGGUGCGACCAUUCACGGGUAAAGAAGAUAUAUCAGAAAGAUGGAGCUAUCCUCCACUGAAUGACACUGCAGAGGCAUCUUUCCGGGUGAUUGAAGCACUUUCUGAGCAUGGAUGGAGAUUGGAACCUUGAUAAGUCGGUUCCACUUCAGAAAAGAAAAGUUUGGUAGGGCAGCCUUGCAUGCAAAAUGGAAGUAUAUAACUCUCAUAUUACAUUCCUAUAUAUUUAUAUUGGCGAGGGGGAUUAACACAAUCAAUAAGAAAUGAAUUGAUAUUUGUAAAACAAAA